AUGGACAGACUAGAAAAGCAAAAAUCGCUCCAUGGUCGGAAUACUAGACCGCACGUGGGGAUAAUAGGCGCCGGCCUUGCCGGAUUACGCUGCGCGGAUGUCCUCCUCAAGUAUGGUUUCAAAGUUACGAUUCUGGAAGGAAGAAAUCGGAUAGGUGGACGAGUCCACCAGGCCAAACUGCAGAAUGGCCGCCUCGCAGAUUUGGGCCCAAACUGGAUCCACGGAACGAAAAACAACCCCAUCAAUGACAUCGCCAAGAAAACGGGCACGGAGACGGGAAAUUGGGAUACGCGAUCGUACAUGUUUGACCCCACCGGCACGCUCCUUUCGCUAGAGGAGAGCGAGCGGUAUGCGAGCAUGAUGUGGGACAUUGUCCAAGAUGCCUUUACGCACUCGAAUAAGAACGGUAAUGAGAUUGAUCCAAAGGAAAGCCUCUGGGACUUUUUCUUGGUAGAAGUGGCCAAGAGAAUACCAGAAACUGAGGAAAACUACCGCCACUCGCGGCAGCUUGUACUUCAUGUGGCGGAGAUGUGGGGUGCUUUCGUUGGGAGCCCGAUCCAGACGCAAAGUCUCAAGUUCUUCUGGAUGGAAGAGUGUAUUGAAGGCGAAAAUCUGUUUUGCGCUGGAACCUAUGAGGAAAUUCUCCAAUCCGUCGCAAAAGCAGCGCUCGAGAAGGCGGAGAUCAAACUCGAAAAGGUAGUAAGCCAGAUUUCAUACGGCAAGGGCUGCCAAGACAGGGUGAGAGUGCAAACGAAGGAAGAGGAGGUUUUCGAGUUCGAUGAUAUCGUCGUAACAGCCCCACUUGGCUGGCUGAAGAGGAAUCUCGCAGCCUUUGAGCCAAAACUUCCCCCGCGGAUGGUGAAGGCCGUAAACUCCUUGGGCUAUGGUUGUCUUGAAAAGACGUACAUCACUUUCCCUACUGCGUUUUGGCUAGGUUCGGAUGACACAGGCAGGAGCGUCCAGGGCUUUUGCCAAUGGCUAGCGCCGAGAUAUGCACCCAACAAUCCGCAUAGGUGGAAUCAAGAGGUGGUAGACCUAGCUUCACUGUCCCCACCAUCAGCGCAUCCGACCCUUCUCUUCUACACAUUCGGCGAUGCUUCUAGAUACCUUAUUGAGGAGGCAGCCAAACGAGAAAAGAAGGCCGAGAGGGAUGCUUUCAUCUUCGACUUCUUCAAGCCAUACUACUCUCGCUUGCCUCACUAUUCCGAGUCAUCUGUGGAUUGCCAACCCACCGGAUGUUUGGCAACGAACUGGUUACAGGAUGAGCUGGCCGGGAAUGGCAGUUACACCAAUUUUCAGGUUGGAUUAGAAGAUGGGGAUGAAGACAUUAAAACCAUGAGGACAGGGCUGCCAGACGUCGGCUUGUGGCUGGCGGGUGAACAUACUGCGCCCUUCGUGGGCCUGGGAACAGCCACCGGCGCCUACUGGAGUGGUGAGUCGGUUGGCCGGAGGAUCGCUGAGAAGUAUGGACUCGCUGGUACUAGGCCGUUUCUAGAGGCGUAA